UGUCUGAUCCAUGUGCCAGUCAGCUGAAGCAUGCUGGAAGAAUGCAGCCUAUAACCAGAAGAGAUGCCGGAGUCUGGCAUCAGACGAGGAGCCUGCUCUACAAAAACCUGCUGAUCAAAUGGAGGACCAAACAACAGAGUCUCCAGGAGCUGAUCUUGCCUUUGCUGCUCCUGGGCCUCCUCAUCCUCAUUAGCACCCUCAACCCUCAUGUCUCAUAUGGCAGUAUCAGCACUAAGGAGCUGGAAUAUGAACGGGACCCGUCUCUCAAAGGUCUCGGCUACACCCCCAUUAACAAUGUCACCAAUCACAUCAUGGAAGAGGUGGCACGGGAACUGUCUAUGAAUGAGCGAUUAGAGAUGUUCUCCACUGAGAAAGAUUUGGAGAAUGCCAGUCUCUAUGAACCUGAUGGCUUUGUAGGAGUGGUCUUCUUGGAUUCAAUGUCGUACCGUCUGCGAUUCCCGUACAGCCAGCUCCCUCUGCCUAGCGACUUCACCGAAUCCAUAACAAGCUGUUACACAAACUAUGUCAACUGCCGUGCCGCCAACUACUGGUAUUCUGGAUUCAUACGGCUGCAGUCUCUCAUUGAUGCUGCCAUUAUACAGAUGAAGACCAAACGUCCGGUGUGGAAUGAAUUAAAAGUGCGUGCAGUGAUGAUGGGACAUCCGGGUUCGGUGGAGGUCCAGAAGUUCCCUCACGCCCUGAUCUCCAUAUACCUAGUGCUGGCAUUUACACCCUUUGUCUCCUUCCUCAUUGUCAAUGUGGCAGCUGAAAAAGAGCAGCGCCUGAAAGACACCAUGGGCAUGAUGGGAUUGUAUGACUCUGCCUUUUGGCUUUCAUGGGGCCUUCUCUAUGCUGCACUAGUGACGACCAUGUCCAUUCUCAUGGCUGUUAUAGCAACCUGCACACCCCUGUUUUCCAACAGCAACUUCUUUGUCAUCUUCCUCCUUAUUUUCCUCUAUGGAAUAUCCUCUAUUUUCUUCUCCUUCAUGUUGACCCCUUUGUUUAAGAAGCCCAAGUUUGCAAGCACAGUGGGCUCCAUGCUGACGGUGGUGUUCGGAUGCCUGUCUCUUUUCACUGUGCUGAUGAGAGAUUUCCCCCAGUCAGCCGUGUGGCUCCUCUGCCUUCUGUCUCCCAGCGCUUUCUCUAUCGGCAUCGCCCAGGUGGUGUAUCUGGAAGCUCAAGGGGACGGCGCAGUGUUUUCCUCUCUGGGCAAUGGUCCUCACGCCCUCUAUGUUCCUAUGGUCAUGCUGUUCUUGGACUGCAUUCUCUAUCUGCUUUUAGCCAUUUACCUGGACCAAGUGUUACCAGGCGAGUUUGGCACAAGGCGCUCAGUGCUGUACUUCCUACAGCCAUCCUAUUGGUCAAAGCGGAGGAAGCGUUAUGUGGAGGUGAGCUCUGUGUACGAGGGCGAGGUCAACGGAACCCCUGUGAAUGAUGAAUCUGUGGAGGCGGUUUCUCCUGAGUUUAGAGGCAAAGAGGUUAUCAGGAUAUGCAAUAUCCGUAAAAUCUACAGAGAGAAAGACACCAAAGUGGAAGCUUUGAGAGGUUUGACUUUUGACAUCUAUGAGGGUCAGAUCACUGCCCUGCUGGGUCACAGUGGAGCAGGAAAAUCCACCCUCAUGAACAUCCUGUGUGGCAUCUGCCCCCCUACAGCAGGCACGGCAACCAUCUAUGGCUCUCCUGUGGCAGAGAUAGCAGAGGGGGCCGAGAUGAGACAGCUGGUUGGUAUAUGUCCCCAGUUCAACAUCAUCUUUGAUGUGCUCACUGUAGAGGAACACCUGAGGAUCUUUGCUGCCAUCAAAGGGAUCCUGCCCUCUGAUAUUGACAGUGAGGUGAGAAAAGUUCUAAGGGAUCUGGAUUUAGAAAAGAUUAUGGAUGCCCAGGCAAAGAACCUGAGUGGAGGCCAGAAGAGGAAGCUCUCUGUGGGCAUAGCAAUUCUCGGAGACCCAAAGAUCCUUCUUCUGGAUGAGCCAACGGCAGGUAUGGACCCAGUGUCUCGGCACCAGGUCUGGUCCUUACUGAAGAGCCGUAGAGCAGGCAGAGUUACUGUACUCAGUACUCAUUACAUGGACGAGGCAGAUAUACUUGCAGAUCGUAAAGCUGUCAUCUCUCAAGGACAACUGAAAUGUGUUGGUUCCUCUUUGUACCUGAAGACCAAGUGUGGGGUUGGCUACCAUCUUAGAAUGUCUGUAACUGAAGGCUGUGAAGGGGAGAACAUCACAUCACUGGUCAAGCAGCAUGUUCCCAAGGCUCAGUUGUCAAGGCAGCAAGAGGCUGAGCUUACAUUCACAUUGCCUUUCGAGAGCAUGGACACUUUCCCAGGGCUGUUUGCGGAGAUGGACUGUCGACCUGACCUGGGUAUCAUUAACUACGGUGUCUCCAUGACAACGUUAGAGGAUGUAUUCUUGCGUCUGGAGGCAGAGGCAGAGGUGGAUCAGGCUGACUACAGUGUGUUUAACCAAGAAAAGUUGGAAGACGAGGGAGACGUGUCAUCUAUGGAUGACACAGACCAGCGGCUGCUGACGUUUUCAGACAGCAGGCAGGAUGCAGUAACCGGAUGUGCCCUCUGGAGGCAGCAGUUUAGCACGGUGGCCUGGCUGCACAUGCUCAACCUACAGAGAGAGAGAAAACCUUUUAUAUACAAUUUGACACUGUUCCUGGUUUUCUUGUCUGCAAUGCUGAUUCUGUCCGUGGCCACAGGAAACAUUCAGAUUCAUUCUCCUGAAAGAUUGUUUUCACCUAUAUACCUGCUGCACCGCAACGAGGCUCCUCGCAAAUAUACCACCAGCCUGCUUUUGCAAAACUCCACCGAUUCUGACCUGUCAGGGUUCAUCCACAAUCUGGCGUCUCAGGACAUUAAAGUGGAAAUGAUGAAAAAAACGGACUACAUGUCUGCUGCACCUGUCAGUGCCGCCAUCAACGUGACAGGAUCCAGUAAAGAUUUUUGCUACAUUUUAGCUUUUAACAGUACCACCGUGCACUCCUUGCCAAUGGUUGUCAAUGUGCUCAGUAACGCCCUCCUGAGGGGCUUUAAUGGCACUGAACACAUUAAAACAUGGACUAAACCCUUCGACUAUCAAAUCCCUGAUAAGACGUCCUAUGCACUGGUUUAUAUUGAGGCUGUGAUUCUUGGGAUGCUGGCUGCUGGGAUGCCAGCCUAUUUUGCAAUGGACCACACAAGAGACAAAGAGGUAUAUAUUUGUGUUGUAACUUCAUAUAAUGAUGACAAUGCACUGUGUUUCUUCAGUCCACUCUACCCUCUUAUGGGUUGCCUUAACUGCAUUACUAUGGCCACCUUCCUUCAGUCUCUUCAUGAUGAUGAUUUCCUGUGGAAGAAUCUCUUCAUCUCUGUUGUGUCUCCGUAUACCCAGUGUAUUCUGCUGCUCUUCACCCUGAGAUGGCUUGAGAUUAGAUAUGGAGGGAAGACCAUGAAAAAUGACCAGCUCUGCAGGAUUUCCUCCCAAGCAAGGAGCAAAGCUCAGCGAAACCCAGAGGAGAACAUGAGUGAGGAUGAGGAUGUUCAGGUGGAGAAAGCUCGAGUGAAGGAGGCAUUGACUUGUCAGUGCUGUGAGGAGAAACCAGUGGUAGUGGUGAGUAAUCUCAAGAAACAGUACAAAGGCAAGAGGGAGGGCUUUUCACUCAGCAAGAGAAGAAAAGUGGCCACUAAGAACAUCUCCUUUUGUGUUCGCAAAGGUGAGGUUUUGGGUCUGCUGGGACCAAAUGGAGCAGGAAAGAGUACUAUCAUGCACAUGCUGUCUGGAGACACUGAACCCACUGCUGGACAGAUUCUAAUGGGAGAUUAUGGCACAGACUUCCAACCAGUGGAAAACCCCUUGGAGCAUGUAGGGUACUGUCCUCAGGUGAACCCUCUGUGGCCUAGAAUCACUCUACAGGAGCACCUGGAGAUCUAUGCUGCUAUCAAGGGGCUACAUCAGUGUGAUAUCCCAAACAUCAUUAAGCGUGUUGUGAGUGCUCUAGAGCUGAAGGAUCAUCUUUACAAACAGGCAAAAAACUUGUCUGCAGGGCUAAAGAGGAAGCUGUGCUUUGCACUAAGCAUGCUGGGAAAUCCUCAGAUAGUUCUGUUGGAUGAACCAUCUACAGGAAUGGAUCCCAAAUCAAAACAGCGCAUGUGGAGGGCGAUCCGUGCUGCCUUUAAGAACAAACAGCGAGGAGCCCUUUUGACUACCCACUACAUGGAAGAGGCGGAGGCUGUGUGUGACCGUGUGGCCAUCAUGGUUUCUGGUCAACUAAGGUGUAUUGGCUCAAUACAGCACCUGAAGGGGAAGUUUGGGAGAGGCUACAGCCUAGAGAUUAAUCUCAGGGAGGAGCUUACAGGUCUCCAGCAGGUAGCACUGUUGCACAAAGAGAUACUGAAGAUAUUUCCUCACGCUGCUCGUCAGGACAGUUUUGCCACUCUGAUGGUGUAUAAAAUCCCAAUGGAAGAUGUGAAGUCACUAGCCAAGUCUUUUGCCCAGUUAGAAAAUGCAAAACAGAACUUUAACUUUGAAGAGUACAACUUCUCCCAGUCAACUCUUGAACAAGUUUUCAUGGAGUUCGCUAAAGAGCAAGAGAAUGAAGAAGAGGAGGUCGGAUCACUUAGCACGACUUUUCAAUGGCAGAGACUGAGACAAGAUGGCCCUGUAUCCAUCAAUCACGCUGACAGCAUAGUACACCAGCUAUGAGCCAAUCCUGUCCAGCUUUCCCUGAAGCGUUGUACCCUUCUUUUUCCUCUGUUUCUCUGUAUCGCUCUGCAUGUGCCGUCCUUUGCCUUAAGAGUCUUAAACUGAUGGGACUCAUGGGACAAUAAACUGUGGAUACUCCAGUGGCCACCAGCACACAUACAGGACACGUGUGUGUGUGUGUGUGUGCUGUGAAACUCGCUUUGGCUCUGGUACUGGCACUUGCUUAGAUGGAAUCUGACAUGUGACUUGAGUGUCAGCUGUUAAUGCCGAGCAAGACUUGGCAGUUCUUUUAGUUGUUGUCAUUUGUUUUUAAUGAAGAGAUUUUAUUUUUUUUUAAUUCUCACUCUUUCUUCUUAAUUCUUAUAUCUUCCGUUCACCUGAUGUAUAUCAAACCCACCAUUCUGUUGUUUCCAUAUACACUAUGUCAGUCACUUGGAAAUUAAUUGCAUGGAGCAGGUUCCACAUUAUUACCAAAGUCUCACUCACAUCGACACCAAAACAGAGCUUUUUGGUGUCUGUAGCAUGGGAUAUAAACUUGCGUCUCUGUGUAUGGCUAUCUAACGUUAUUAUCUAUGUGUGCUGUUGUAAAGUACGUUUUCAUGCGGGAGAAUCUCAUUACAGCUGUGUGCAAACUUUCAGGCAGCACUAACAUUGAGAUUUACCAGCAUGUAUGGGGCUGCUCUCGUUUCUUGUAACCCUUUUUAGGGCAGAGCGGCCCUGCCGGUGCAUGAAGCCUCUUCUGUCUCUGCUGCACACGGGAGAUCCACAAGACUCCUUUCUCAAACACCAGCACGUGUUUCAGGCUUUCACACAGAGCUCUCCAAAGAAAAACAGGGCUAAGCACUCACAAUGUUUCUUUAUUCUGCUCUGAGCGAUGACUAUGCUGAACCGUUUGUUGGUACGAGGAACUCUGCCCCAAGCGCUGGUUCUCUUGUUGGUAGAACUUCUAAAAGAUGUUUUCUAGGUGUCUCAUGGUUACUCUUGAGCAAAUCUGUUGUAGAUGGUUUUUAUUUUUCUGAUUUAACAUUUAACCCUAGCUGAAUGUGAAAGGUUGUGUGGAACAGUCCUCAAAAAUUGUAAUCCAUGCCAAGUUGGCAUGUUAUGUGGACUAUAUAUUUUUUUUUUAUUUUUUUUUUUUUGGCUUCAUCUUACAGUUUGAUUUACAGUUAAUCAAACUCUUGUUUGCAUUGUCUUAUUUUUAGGGGCACACAAUUCAACCUCUGUAGCAUCUAAAGUACGGAAAAGAUUUCCUUCAGGAACAAAAAGAUGUCCUUAUAAUAGAGAAAUUAUGGUUGACAUGCACAGCAGACACAGUGGAUUUUUAAGGGGAUAUAAUUGUAAUUUUUGCACAUUUAACCUGUAAUGUAUAACAUUUUCUGUAACAUUUAACACUGACCAGUUUAGUCUUUGCUGGACUGGGUUGGAAUGGGAUGAUUAUAUUGAACACUAUCUAACGUCUAUUUAACCAAUACCUUUAUUUCCUCCAAAGUGCAAUAUAUGAAUACUUGUGUGUGUGUGUGAGUAUUUAUUGCAUUAUGUAGACGGUGUCAUUGCAAACUGCAAUAUUAAUGUUGUCUGUUGUGAACUCAGAUGUGUCUUGCAGUACAAUGUAGCCACAAAUAUAUAAUCUAGAACGCUUUGCACUCUCUUCCCCUAGUGCCCAUUUACUGCCCUCUGUAUGCAAAAAUUCUGUUUGAAAAUAAAAUGUAUUCAGGAUGUUGUUAA